CUUCACCACUACAAGCCCCCAAAAUGGGCCUCCAAGCUGAAAAAUAUUCCACGAUACUACGUUAAGGUAAGGUAAUAUGAAAAAAGCUUUACUCAGAGCUCUCAAGUUUGACAUCUGGUAAAGGGUGAAAUAUUCGACCACAUAUCCAUCGAGUGUAAUACCGCGCUCGGCCAUCACCCAUCGGGGGUGGGGGGUAAAAAAAUGUAAAAAAUGUAUCUAAGACGUACACCCUCUUAUUCUUGCUCUGAGCAUUUAUGAACAGAGACCACUGUACUGGUCUGCAUUCAGCAUGUGACUGACUAACUUCUCACCAAUAGAACAAAAGGAAAGUAAUAUCAAGUUUAUUAUCUAAAACCUCUGGUACUUGGAUCUUAAACAUUUUUGUAGGCUAUGGAAAAAUUUAUGUUAACAAGGAAAGAUCUAUUGUAGGUCGGAAUAUACAUAAUUAAUGUGUUCUCUUUUAAGUGGUUCUGAUGGAACUUAAAGUAUUUUUGUUUUGUAGCUUGCUCAGCAUGAUACUCCAACACAUCAGUGGAAUCUUCCCACUCUCCCAAAAGAGUUUUCAUUAUUUAUUAAAAGGGAUGACAUGACAGGAAGCACUCUGUCUGGAAAUAAGGUACACAGCUUGGAAUUCAGUUCUUGAUCAACAUUUUUAAUUAAUAAAUGUUAAGAUGUGGCAUUAACUUCAUCAACAAUAAGUGAGCUUAGUACGAUGAGGUUGGUGCAGCCACAGGAGAUCCAGCAAGAGGUUGCACAAUUUAUUUGGAAUGCCUGUAGUUUAAAGAAGUACUCUUUUUUAAGUUCAGUAGGAAAACAAGACAACAGUUUGUUUGGCAUCCACUGACUGUGCUAGUCAGUGGAAGAUGACACAUGCCAUAUUAAUUUUAUUCAAACACAGUGGGGUUUAUUAAAUUUUUCAUGAUUCGAGUUUGGCAUUUAUUCUAGGGUGGUGUUUAUUCUACAGCGACAUUUAUACAAGGGCAGUGUUUAUUAAUUAUCCAAUUUGUUUCUUGCAAACAAUAGUAUGGUAACUGACCAUUUUAAUUUUAAAAAAUAGAAAAAUGUUUUAGUGCUUGUCUAAGAGUAUUGUUUAUAUCAUUCUAAAAUUCCCAAUUUUGCAUCAGAACUGGUACAUUCAAAAGGAUGUGUCUGAUUCACUCAAAAUUUCCAACUGUGAUUGAAGCAUUGAUCACAUCAUCAUGCUGCAUUAAAUGCAAGGGUAGCAUUCAUUUGAAUAAAUAAUAAUUAUGUUAUUUACUAAUUAAACUGCUCACACCAAAGAGAGAGGAAGCUCACAGUAGUUACAUUUUUGCCAGCCUUUUUUGAGAGUACAGACAUUUUUUUUAGUGACUGCUACUUUGGUUUUCAAGUUUUUAUUCUCUCAAAUUUAAGUCUUUACAGCUUAUGAUAUUUUUUGUAUAGCUGAGGGUCUCAAUCAAGAGACAGCUGAAGAUGGUUCAACUUAGAAUUUUGCAUGUGAGCAAUGAAAAUCUGUGUAUGAGCACUAUUGUUUGAAAAUAUUGCAAUGUGGAAGCUGAUGUUAUGCUAAAACAAAUGCAAAAGAGAGUAUAGCAGUUCUAAUGCAAAUGACAAUAAUAUAAUUUAACUUUGCAAUCAUCUGAGUAAAAUGACCAUAAUUAUAUGGAAAUGCGUAGCUUCAAUUGUGUCUGUACCUGUGGUCAAAGUCAUCUCAUAUCUUUUUCUUACUAACCCUUUGAGUGACUGGUGUCUAAUUUCUUCUUACAAAUCAUGCCUUGAUCACAUAUUAAGGUUAUGGGAAUAAAGAAAAUGAUCACCCACUUAAGAAGCUCUUGAUUGUUAGACAAAUUCUCCUUGCCAGCACCUUAGGAAAUGUAUACAGAACAGUAUGGAGAAUAUGUAAACUGAUUUGAGUGUGUAAAGGGUUAAGUGCAUCCUCAACUGCUGAGUUAAACCUUAAAUUGUGCUUGUCUCAUUUGACUAUGGCAAUGCUGUUUUAGGUUUGUAAGCUGGAGUUUUUGUUGGCUGAUGCAGUCUGGAUAAGAAGUGUGACACAAUAUUUACAUGUGUUGGAAUCCAGUCCAAUCAUUGCAGAAGCACUGCAGUUGCUGCGAGACAACUUGGUUUGGAUUGUUACCUGUUCUUAA